AUGGCCUUGGCCUACAACCGGGCCGACACCCGCUUCCACAAGCUUGGGAAGCAUGAAGCCCAAGGUUCCCAGAGUGGCCUCCAAGAUGGUCUUCGAGCCCUCAAGCCUUUCUCCGCUGCGCAGGUGAUUGCUAUCGACUGGCGAGCUCUACAGACUUACGCCGGCAUCAAGAACACUCUGACGCUGCUAUUCUCUCACCUUGGCAGCAUUGAGCUCAUCGUCAUCGCCGUCCCUCAAUUGACCAAGAAAGCGUCUGAGAGAAACAAGGCAGGUGGUCCUUGUCACGGCACUAGAAGACAGACCCACAGCGCCAGUGGUCAACCCCUAUAUAUAUACAGGACAGGCAAUGGGGGCCGGAAGAGGCCAACAACGAGACCGCCGAUGCGCCGAGUGUCCCAAGGAAUUGACGCACAGUGA